GGGAAAAAAAGAAGAGCAUGUGAAAAAGAGAGAACGAUCCCCAGCGCACCCCCUCCUCCACACACCUGUUGUCUGGCGCUAAACCGUAUGCGGCAGUGCCUCGGCGCAUUUCUGACAUCACCUGCCGCCGCCGCCCCCGGACUUUCCAUCCCACACUGGGCAGCCAGCCAGCACCGCGGGUGCUCCACGCUUCUGUCUGUUAGUGCUACCACCGUCCACCGAUCAACUUGUCUGGACGGGACUGACCAGUCGAGAUCCCGAGGUUUAAACCACCUGGCGACCCAUCUUUCUUGUUCUCUCGUAUCCUUUGCCGCCUCCCCCUUAUAUAUCAAUACAAACUGUUUUCCUGUCCUUUCACACCCCGUCCUCCCUUCCUUCCACUGAACCACUUCCGCCCUUUCCAUUCUACUGAGGAUACCCAACAAGCAGCAUUGUUCUUGAUUUCUCUUCAUUUAUCUAGUCGAAUAAUCGUAUAAUCAUUCAGAAUGGGUGCUCUCGACAGACUUUCUCAGAUCGGCAACCAGAUCUCCGCUGGUGUCACCGGCGGUGGCCGUGACAAGAUUCUCCAGAAGAACGCCGACGAUAUCGUCGUCACCUGCGCUCUCCGCACUCCCUUCACCAAGGGCGGCAAGGGCGGCUUCAAGGACACCCAUGGUGCUGACCUGAUGGCCGGUGCCCUCCGCGGCCUCAUCGAGCGCUCCAAGAUCGACCCCGCCCUCGUCGAGGACAUCAAGGUCGGCACCGUCCUCGCCCCCGGCGGUGGUGCCACCGAGAUGCGCGCCGCCGCUCUCGUCGCCGGAUUCCCCGAGUCCACCGCCGUCCACACCCUCAACCGCCAGUGCUCCUCCGGCCUCCAGGCCUGCGUCGACAUCGCCAACGCGAUCCGCGCCGGCAUGAUCGAGGUCGGUGUCGGUGCCGGUGUCGAGUCCAUGUCCACCAACUACGGCCCCCAAGCCGUCGCCGAGUUCUCGGACCUGCUCGAGUCCCACACCGAGGCCGCCAACUGCAAGGUGCCCAUGGGUGUCCUGUCCGAGGACAUGGCCAAGGACAAGGGCGUCUCCCGCAAGGACCAGGACGCCUUCGCCGCCUCUUCCUUCCAGAAGGCCGUCAAGGCACAGAAGGAGGGUCUCUUCAAGGAGGAGAUCCUCCCGCUCAAGGCCAAGUUCGAGGACCCCAAGUCGGGCGAGACCAAGGAGAUCCUGGUCGACCGCGACGACGGCGUGCGCGACGGCGUCACUGCCGAGUCCCUCGGCAAGAUCCGCGCCGCCUUCGCCAAGGACGGCUCCAUCCACGCCGGCAACGCCUCGCAGGUUUCGGACGGCGCCGCCGCCGUCCUGCUCAUGAAGCGCUCCACGGCCGAGAAGCUCGGCCAGCCCAUCCUCGGCAAGUUCGUCGCCGCUUCUGUGGUUGGCGUCAAGCCCCUGCUUAUGGGCAUCGGCCCCUGGAAGGCUAUCCCCAAGGUGUUUGAGCUCACGGGCAUCAACAAGGACGACGUCGACAUCUUUGAGAUCAACGAGGCAUUCGCUUCGCAGUGCUUGUGGUGCGCUAACGAGCUCGGUAUCCCCAUGGAGAAGAUCAACCCCAAGGGUGGUGCCAUCGCUUUUGGUCACCCGCUUGGCUGCACCGGUGCCCGCCAGGUUUCUACCCUUCUCUAUGAGUUGAGGAGGACGGGCAAGAAGGUUGGUGUUACGUCCAUGUGCGUUGGUACCGGUAUGGGUAUGGCUGCCGUUUGGGUUGCCGAGUAAGCGGUGGUUGUGACGAAAAUGGGGUUGGGUGUUUUUUCUUUCUUUGAUAUAGCAUAUUUUGUGUCAUGAUUGUAUGUCAACAACUACUGUAACUUUAGAAUAACAGCAUUCUUUUUUUUCUUUUUUUUUUUUCUUUUUUUUUUU